AUGACUUCAGCCUUGCAAGAUGAUCAAAUCAAGGCAAUGCAAACAACAACAAACUUUAGAAGAAGGACUGGUACAAAGUAUUCAACACCUGAGACCAGAAUAGUCCUUCCUCCCUCCUCAGCAAAAAACUUUUCUUACAUCUCCAUCUUACUCUUUGAGACAUUAAAAAUUAAAAGAUCACCCCAACCAACUUCUCCAGAUCAUUACCCUUCUUACCUUUACUUUGCUUCGGCUCUCCAACUACUACCUUUAGUAACAGAGGCCGAGGUGUUUCCUUACCGGCUAAAAAUUUAUUCUACAAGAAUAUAA